AUGGAUGGAUUGGAAGACGAGCUAGACCUGCGCUACCAUCGUGGCCUUAACCCCGAUGUUUACUACCGCUGCCCGUCCCUGGAGUCUCUGGAUGGUGCGCUGCGAAACGAAUUGCAGAAGAGUGCAGCAAGUCUGAUCCCAACGGAGAUUGUCACCGAAUUCGUGUUUGCAGCUGCAUCGUCCAUUACGGUCCCUGUGACACAGCAGCCAAAUUUAGAAGCUCUUUUCCAGCCUGCAGACUAUCCGCAAAGCAUUACCGUCGAACACGCCUUGUGCCGCAGCUUCGAAAGCAAGGAGAGGCUCAAGUUGCAAAGGGCAAUUGCUCGGUGUUUUAUUGGGGCUAUUCAACAAAUAGAUGGCUUCAAGUACGCGGAGCAUCAAGCUUUGGGUAAGGACGGUGCCGAUGGCAGUCGGUUCAAGUAUGUAUGCACGGAUAGUCUCCAAAAUAGGGUUCGCAAGAGCAAUGUCAAGAAAGAAAAGGAGGGUGAGAAGGUGGAGGGGGAGAGUCGACGCAAGAGAAAGGUUAAGCCAGACCUGCCAACGUACGAUUGCGGUGGCGCCGUACAUAUCAAGUUUUCGACGAAGCGAGAUGCUAUGAACGUCAUAUACAAGCACAACCCGAUCCACAGAGACGUCGAGAGCCGCCCUGAGCUACCCGCACUAGCUACAGGUAACGACACUGUACUUCAAGGGUCCACCAAUGGCGCAUCAAAUAGCACAGAACAGCGAAAAAGGAAACGGAGCAAGAAAGACCAGGUGGAAGUCGACUCUGAAUUCAACGAUCCAGAUCUAGCCAUGUCGACAUCCCCUGAAGCCUUGAAAACUCCGACGAAAAAGAAGCGCAAGAAGAGCGGCACGUCUCCCGAAGCCAGUCGGAGCUCCUCAGCAAAGAAGGGCAAGAAAGCGAAGCAGCCUCAAUCGCCUUCGAAGUCACGCAAGAAAGCUCCUCUAAGAGAGCCGACGCCUCCGCCGGCGCAACCAAUCAAGGGCAAAUGCUUGCGGUGCCGGGAGAAAGGCAUCAAAUGCAACGAAGCGAAGCCGACGUGUAACCAGUGUCGCCGAGGGCUAUGGACGUGCCAGUAUGAGAUGCCCGGGGCCAAAAAGCGUUCUAAGAAUGGAUGCCUGAACUGCCGUUCAAGAAAGCGCAAGUGUACAGAGGAGAGGCCGUCUUGUGCGCAUUGCUUGAAAGUCGACGACGACUGCGUAUAUGCGGAUUACGCUUGA